AGAAUUUUACCCGCAAAGCUCGGAAGAACAAAACCCACCUUCACACUGAACUUUACUUCCAAAAUUACAUUUUUCUCACUUCCAACUUCCAAGACUCCACCUUUCAACUCUUUCACCUUCACCUAAUGUUCAAUUCAAAAUUAAAUUAAGUGAUAAAUUAAAUUGUAAUUUCACCUGCACCCUCAAAGCUUCAAUGCUCUUAACUCUCAGAAGAACCAAACCCAACUUCACUCUGCACUUUGCUUCCAAGAUUAAACCUUUUUCACUUCCAAAACUCCGCCUUUCAACCCUUUCACAAUCAGAAAUCAAGAACCUCAUUUUCUCCAAUUAUAACCAUGGAAAAUUUCACAACCUCCUCAAAAACAUCAUCUCUUUACCCUCUUUCCUCCUCUCAGCUUGCCAUAAUCUCAAACCCCCAAAUGAUAAUUACAAUACUACCCCUCAACUCACUCUUGAUUCUGUUUCAACCCAUUUUUUCUCACUUCAAGAACUCUCUUUUCAGCUCUCUACAAACCAAUUUGACAUCAAAGAUUGCAGCUUUAUCAUAGGUAAAUCACUUGUGCUUCCUAAUUUAAAGCUUAAAGUAGUUAUUGAAGCUAUUAGAAUGGUUCUUGAAGUUAUAUAUGAUGAUAGGUUUGUGACUUUCUGUUAUGGUGGACGUGUUAAUAUGGGCCGACACACCGCCAUUCGUUACCUUAAGAACUCUGUUGAGAACCCCACUUGGUGGUUUACUGUUAAUUUGAAUCCUGCAAAGUUUGAAAGUAAGCAUGUUGUUAGGUUGUGUAGGGUUAUGGAAGAGAAAAUCGAUGAUGAUGCUUUGAUUUAUUUGAUAAAAAGGUUGUUUGAAUGUGAAAUAGUGAGUAUUCGAUUGGGUGGCUGUUAUUUAGGUAGAGGGUUUCCUCAAGAAUGUGGGUUGAGUUCAAUUUUGAUUAACAUUUACUUUGAUAGUUUUGAUAAGGAGAUUCAAGAUUUGAGGCUUAAAACGAGUAGGGAGAAUCCGAGAGUUGAUGCUAAUGAACUUGAUGAGGGAUAUCGGGGGCAUGCUUUUUAUAAGCCGUUGAAGAUAUAUACGGUUAGAUAUUUGGAUGAGAUAUUGGUUAUCACGUCGGGAACGAAGAUGAUGACUAUGGAUUUGAAGAGUAGGCUUGUUCAAAUUCUUGAGAAAGAUAUGGAAUUCGGUAUUGAUAAGGUUAGAACUGUUAUUCAUAGUGCUACUUCUGAGAAGAUAGAAUUUUUGGGAAUGGAGCUUCGGGCAGUUACACCGUCUGUGUUGCACCCACCGAUGUCACAAAAGGCGAUUAGGGCGAGGAAGAAGUACCUCCGACAGAAAGAAGUUAGAGCUAUGGAGUUGAGAAAUGCUAAAGAGACUAAUAGGAAGAAAUUGGGAAUGAAGAUAUUCAGUCAUGUAUUUAAGAAGUUGAAGCGUGGUAAUGGUUUCAAAUCUGAUUUCCCGAUUGAGAAUGAAGUGAACCAAAUUUUUGAUUCUUGGGCUGAAGAGGUCAUACAAGACUUUUUGGAAUCUGUCGAUGAGCGUUGGGAAUGGCACCGGAUGCUCUCAGCUGGUGACUUCCUCUCUUUGAAAAGAAUCAGAGAUCAGCUGCCGCGAGAACUAGUGGAUUCUUAUGACAACUUUCAAGAGCAAGUUGACAGGUAUGUAAAUCCUGUCAAAGCAAAAAGGGUAUUAGAGGAACAAGUAAAGAAAGCAGAGGAAGAAGAGGAAAGGAAAUACUCUGAUCAGACGGUUGCAGAUCUGACAAAGUUAUGCAUAAAAGUUGAGGCACCAUUAGAAAUUGUUAGGAAAGCAGUCAAGCUGGUCGGAUUCACAAAUCAUAUGGGCCGUCCUAGGCCGAUUAGUUUACUUAUGGCACUUGAAGAUAUUGAUAUUAUCAAGUGGUAUGCCGGUAUAGGGAGAAGGUGGCUUGAUUUCUUUUGCUGCUGCCACAACUUCAAAAAGUUGAAGAUUGUAGUAUCUUAUCAUUUGAGAUUCUCGUGCAUCUUGACUUUAGCAGAGAAGCAUGAAUCCACGAAGCGGGAGGCAAUCAGACAUUACACCAAAGAUCUGAAAGUUUCAAAUAUUAAUGGGGUUGAAGAAGUGUAUUUUCCGACAGAAAGGGAAGUCAAAAUGAUGGGAGAUAAUGAUCUUAUUGAUCCAAAGCCUGUUGAUGUUUCUCUGGGGAUGGCAUUGAUUAGAUUAGCUUCUGAUGAGCCCUCUUACCGAUGUGCUGCUCAUUUUUGCGACAGAAGAGAUACAAUUGUUUACCGGAUUAGGUUACUUCAGAAUCUUCUUAAUUUGGAUCCAUCGGAUAGAAGUAAGUGGGUUCCAGGAAUGGGUGCUAUACAUGAGAGUUUGAACAAGAGAUGCAUCCCUUUAUGCUCUAACCAUAUUAGUGACUUGUACUUAGGUAGACUAACUUUGCAAGACACUGAUUAUACUUCUCUAUUGCAUGUGGAUUAGCUGAUGUCCGACAUUAUUGCCGGAGUGGCAUCAAGAAUGCUGUAAACUACAAUUUUCAUACAAUGAGAAUACACCCACUAAGUCAAAGAGGUAUGGUUGAUUACAUGUUUUACUUCAUAUAUUUCCGUGAUGAUAAGUUUGUUAUCUACCUAAUCUGCUCAAUCUUGUUAAUCAUGCUUUAAAGUUGGAAGAAAUUUUGAAUAUAAAAAGAAGUCACCACUAUACAGGUACCAUAGGUGCUUAGGUAUCAGUCACAUCAUUGAGGUUUUUCUUCAAGAGUUGAGUACAUAGUUAACUGUUCAUCGGUAAAGAAGGAAAUGGCUUGAUUAUGCUUCUUGCACUCAGAAUUUGAAACACUAAAUAUUUGCUAUAAAUAUAAUCACUUGUUCUAUAUAAAAAGAAACAUGUGGUGGCUUGUAAUAACAAUGUUCUCGUAAUUGGCUUGAUAAGAAAGCAUAAUUUCGAAAACAUGAUUCCAGCUAUACGUCAACACAAGCAUAUCUUCCUACUAAAAGAAAUGUCAAGAUGAUGUGAGCUGGUACUUACAGAUUUACAGCCUUUGAUCCAUUCAUUGAUUAGACAAAGUUCGACUAUUUAUCUUAUCUCUGCUCUAUUUCUGUGAUAGAAGGACAAUGACUGUUCAGUGAUUAGGAGUUGAUGAAAAGAAAAACAUUUUCGUUCUAUUUUGUCAGUAACUCAGUUGAUGAGGAGGUGUGGUUCUGAAGAUGUGAUAGCUAUCUUGGAAUUUGAAUUUCAAGGCUUAACUCUUUUCUUUUUUGUUUGAAUCUUCAUGUUAAAUCUGGUCUUCUGGUGUUUCUAUUUGUUAAUGAUCUUAGAAUAAAAAGUUCUGUUUUAAGUUACUUUUGUGUAGGUACAUCUUUAUUUCUUUCAUCUUUUAUUUAGAGUUAGAUGGGUCAGUAUUGUGAAAAUAUGACAUAUUUGAAGUUUGGAUGCAAAGCCUCUUCUCCAGUAUGACAUAUUUGGAAAUUAGCUUUCAAAGCACCCUCCUCUUGCUGGCUGAAAGAGUAUAUUGAUCAUGAUCAUCCUUAGUGCCCUUUGUGGAUAUCUCAUAUACGCCACGGUUAUUGUGUCUCUCAUGUUUUUUCUCUCUCUCAUCUAUGGAAAGAGGGAACGAUACAUGGCGUGGUAAUACCUGAUCAUCUGAACUGCAAUUCGAGUUGCAUUUAGUUUGCAAGUCAGCGUCGAUAAGGACCCUCCCUCUCUGCCUUGCUUUUGGAUCUUGAGUUGAUCUUAUGCUCUAUGAUAGAAGAAAAAGAGUGAGUCCCAUACUCUUUCUAUUCCUCUUACUAUGUCUCUGUGUUUUCACUUCAUAUUGAAGUAUCUUGUAAUCACAUAUUCUUAUGGAGUGUAUCUCUGUGUAUGUGUCUAGUGUGUGCCUUGUGAAUGUAGGUGAAACUUUUUUUUUGCGCUUAAGGGUGGGGCCUAGUGAUCAAUAAAAUUGGGUUUAAAACCAUGAGAUCCUAGGUUCAAUCCCCAGCGUAGACAAAAUACACUCGGUGACUUCCCUUA